AUGACAGAGGGACACGAAGCAAAUGUAGACGUGAACCCAUACAAGGAAGACCCAAAUGACUGCUACAAAGAGGAACAUGAGAAAGACCAGUUAGACAAGUACAUAAUAAAAAUGGGAGACAUUACUGGAAAGAGUAACCUGAUGGAGAACAAAGAUUUUUACCGAGCCAAGUAUGACAUGAUCACGACAGAUUCCAUCUCAACGACAACGGAGGAAGUUUCCUGUCCUUUCCCCCUCGAGGGGAAGGGCCACGAUAAGGAAGGGCUGCGCAUUUCGGAGGAGGGAGAGUACGAGGGUGCUUCUCACCACCUGGCGCUGGAUGAUCAAGAGUCCACCAAAGUUGACAACGGGGGGAGUAGCGACAGGAGCGGUAGCAGCAGCGGAAGAAGUUCCGAGGGGAUAAGCGACGGAGGAGGCACAGGAAAUGGCGCCAGAAGCGGCGACGUCAGUAGCUUGGGCAAAACCGAUUGGGCUAUGGGAAGUACCGCGUCGAGUGUGCCCAAAAUAGACGCGCCGAAAUUUUGUGACUAUAAAGAUCUAUACCCAGUUGGACACACCAAACUGACAAGAGCUAGCGAGCCUUCCUUAAUUAGCAAAAAUGAAUUGAGCACAGGGAAGGAGGAUCAGUGCGAUAGUUUUUUAUCCUCAUUUAAGACCCCCGCGAGUGGCAACAUUACACACCAGACAGAUGGGAGGCUCCACGAUUAUGCAUCUGUGCUAAGUGGAAAAGAAAACGAAAACAAUAAUCAAAGUAUGAGGAAGAAUACACCCGUGUCGGAGUUGCCAAAUGAAAGCACCACUUCGUUACGCCCACAUGUGUACCCUUCUUACGUCUCCAAUCAAGUCAACCAUGUGAUGAGUAGGAAUAAUUUCCCCCAUAUGUUUAACGGGCUCAGUAUGACCACAACAGUCGGAGGACAGAGAAACUUUGGAGCAGAGGGGGAUUAUACGAGGAUGCUCCUUCGAGGAAAUGCCCCCCAUAUCCAUUGUGCGCAUAAGAGUGGAAAUAAAAAUAGCCUUAACGUUUUUCAUUUGAAGAAUGGCGGCUGGUGUGCACAUGGGAUGUGUCAGGAAGGCAGGGCGAGAAGCCCCUCCAUGGGGAGUACCGCCAACCUGAUUAGAGGAGAGGCUGAUUUGGAAAGGUUUGUCGGAAGCGUAAGUAGUGGGAGUGGCAUAAACGGGGUGAGAAACGAGGAAAUGACCCGAAAUGGAGAAGCCGUGACAAAGGAGAUCAGCCUGAAAAACGAAACCAGCGUGAGGAACGAGAUCAACCAGAGAAGUGCCAACAGCUGCAGAUGCAGCAAAGGGGGGUGUACGCACAGAUUGGCCUUGAACGGAAUAGGCAACAAUCUGCGCAACGUUAGUCGCACGGAAAAUUUGAAAAGCCUAAGUUGCCAGAACGGCGGCAUGUACCACCUCAGUGUAAGAAUGAACAAACUGAGGAGUAGCACGGCUGUGUUGAGUGACCCACGGGAGGCGCCCCCCAUGUUGUCCGUGCAGACAAUGCCACUGUUGCGUGGUACACAUCCGAUGCAUCCAGGGCAUCCGAAACACGAGGCAGCGCAUCAGCUACACCCAGCGCAUCUGCAACACGAAGCGGCGCGUCUGCAACACGAAGCGUCGCAUCUGCAACACGAAACAGCUCAUCCGAUACACGAAGCAGCGCAUCCGAUACACACAGCAUCGCCGAGCCCCCCCAACAACGCCGCGCAUCUGCCGGAAGGGAACCUAACUCAUAACCCCAAAGUGGAGGAUAAAAAGAAACUAACGAGUGUAAAUGGGGGCGACGUCAAGGUGCCAGCGAUGACACAUCCGCAUGUGAUGAACAGCGUGGAGAAUGCCAACGUGAGAUUGAAUUCGAGCCGCUAUCUCAGUAGAAGCUGCUUUGGUGGUUGCCAUGCGGUAGUGGAUGCGAUUAGGGAAGGCCCCCACCGCGUGGGAAGAAGUCGCAGCUUUAUGGGCAUGAGUUUCGACAGGGACAUGGGUCCACACUUCCAGGGGAUGCUGCUGCCUCCCAGUGGUUGCCGCGUUCCAGGCAGCGCGGUUCCAAUCCGAGGCGACACUAGGAGAGCCAGCUUCAGCGGAGGGAUCUGUGGAGAUGUCUGCGGAGGCGCCAGCGGAGGGAUCUGCGGGAACGUGAACGUACCUUUUAGCGGACCUUUCAGUGGAAUCAUGGGUAGGGACUGCCCUGUGCACACAUGCAAAGGAGGAGGGUCGCUAAAAAAACGGAGCGGCUGCAGCUGUGCUGGAGGCUGCGUUUGUGCUGGUUGCAGUGGAUCCGGCGUUUGCUGCGGUUGCGGAAUGGCCAUCUUGAAAAAUCCGUCAAGCAGACAGAGAGGCUUAACGGGGCCAUAUAAAAAAGUGAAUGAAGAACACUGCAAAGUGGUAAGAACUAUGGUACCGAGGAGGCAUUUUAUUGGCUGCAAACAUAUGAAUAACUGGAUUGGUGCUUCUGAGAGUAAACAUCGAGGGAAGAAUGAUAAGAGAAGACCAUCAUACACAGCGUCCUCCCUGAGGAGUGCCAUAGACAAGCCAAACGAAGAGGUGAACAAGGAAAAGGAAGUGCAGCCACUUGACGUAGUAAUGAAGCAAGUAAGUAAAACCGUCAGUGGAAAAAAGAAAAAAGUCCUAUCAACCAGGUUCGAAAUAAAAGCGUUCCUUCUUAACACAAUGAAGGCCAUCGGAAUUGUACAAGCCAAGUGGAAGCUCAAAAAUUUCGGGAUGUAUUUCUGGUUUCACAUUAAGUGUAUCGAAAAGGAAAGGGAUCUCAAUUUUUAUGUCAAAUUUUUCGAUUCCUUGUUUGAAAUAAUGACAGGGAAAGGAAUUCAUUUUCAACAGAACGAUCUGCACUUCCUUGUGAAUGUUUUCAAGGAUUUCCAUAUCUAUGACUGUAAAAAUAUUUUGAGGACAAGUUUAAAGAUUCUGAACAAGUACGCCAAGAGGAAGUGCAAAGAUUUUUCCAUUCUGGAGGAUGCCGAGGAGGACAUCCUGGAUGUGAACAGGGCGUUGUUGCUCGGAGGGGCGGCGGGGAGCACCGGAGGAGGCGCUGACUCGUCCGAAACCGCGGCAGCAACCAGCGCAGCAACCAGCAGAACAACCGAAGCAACCGGAGGGGGCACCGGGACGGGCACCUCCAUUCCUGCACCCCCGAGCAGCAGCAACUUCUUCGACGUCCUCUUUACUUCGCUCAAGGAAAAUCACGACGCGCUGCAGAAAGUCGGCCAGGAGAAAUUGUACCUCUCCAACAUACUUUCCAAUUUUAACGAAUUGAACUAUGCCGAAUUGUCUCAUUUGUUUUUGAGGAAAUGA